CACUUUGAUAGGAUGUUGACAUAAAACCAUUGUUUUAUACACGACCGAGACCUUCCUUAAAUUGCGGUAAUGGCGGAGUUCCUUGUUCUUGUUGGUUCCGUGCGUCGACGUCCAUCGGCACCUUCGUUCGGAUCCUGCAGCUGGGUCGAGGUGGUGUUGGCAAGCAUCGUCUGCUCCGUGGCGGAGGCCCUUCGCUCGCGGCGGAUUCCUCGUCUCCGUUCUGGAAAAGACAAUGGAACAACCCUUUCGGCGAACAAGGUCUAGUGAGGACCCAUCCCUGAAGAAUUAUUGGCUAAUAAGAAACAUUGGCCACGGUGCAUUUGGCAAAGUGAAAGUUGCAAAGCAUAGACUAACUGGUAUCAAAGUGGCCAUUAAAAUUCUUAACCGUCACAAAAUGAGGGAAAAGCGCAUGGAGGAAAAAGUCGGUCGGGAGAUUAAGAUAGGCAAACUGCUGGAGCAUCCUUAUAUUAUCAGGCUAUAUGAGAUCAUAGAGACCAUGACUGAUGUAUAUGUUGUCAUGGAGUAUGCAGAACGUGGGGAGUUGUUUGAUUAUAUUGUCGAGAAUAGAAGGAUCAGAGAGGAUGAAGCACGGAAGUUUUUUCAGCAGAUCAUUUCGGGUUUAGAGUACUGCCACAAAUAUAGGGUGGUUCAUCGAGACCUUAAGCCUGAGAAUCUUCUAUUGGAUUCUAAUGGCAAUGUGAAAAUUGCUGAUUUUGGCUUGAGUAAUAUUAUGCGUGAUGGCUAUUUUCUAAAAACAAGUUGCGGUAGUCCAAAUUAUGCUGCUCCAGAGGUUAUCUCUGGUAAGCUUUAUGCAGGGCCAGAGGUUGACGUCUGGAGUUGUGGUAUCAUCUUAUAUGUCCUUCUUUGCGGCGCUCUUCCUUUCGAUGAUGAAAGCUUACCUAACCUCUAUAAUAAAGUAAAGAGUGGAGUUUAUACUUUUCCAAGUCAUUUAACUUCUGGAGCAAGGGAUUUGAUUGAGAGGAUGAUUGUUGUUGACCCUUUAAAGCGGAUAACCAUUCCUGAAAUUCGUCAACAUCCUUGGUUCUUAGCAAAUCUUCCUUAUUAUCUGGCUGCUGCUUUGCCAGAUAUAACACAUCACACGAAGAAGGUUGAUGAAGAAAUACUUGACCGUACGGUUACGUUGGGUUUUAACAGGAACCACGUGGUUCAAUCUCUUCAAAACAGGAUACAAGAUGAUGCUACAGUGUCGUAUUACUUGCUGUUAGACAACUAUAUCUCUGGUAAUAACGUUUAUGGUGCAGAGCUCGAUAAUAGUGCGGGACUUAUUUCAUCUGCUGUUCACAGCGGUGGGUUUUCGGUAUCUGUUGCCCAGCAGCUUAUAGAACAUCAGACUACUCAGUCACCAAGUGUGGGAAGAUGGGGUCUCGGAUUUCAGUUUGGACUGCAACCUCAUCAUAUUAUGGUAGAAGUUCUGAAUGCACUACGUCAGCUAAAUGUCUGCUGGAAAAAGAUUGGACACUACAACAUCAAGUGCAUGUGGUCUCAAGGUGGUCAAGUUCAAGACCUUACUAAAAAUUGUCAGCAUAAUGGCCUCCAUUUAGGCAAUGAACCUGCAACCAUCCAGACUAAUGAAGUGUCUCAGAACACUGUCAAGUUUGAAUUGCAGCUGUAUAAAACUUGUGAAGAGAAUUACCUACUGGACCUCCAGAGACUUACAGGUCCCCAAGUACUCUUUAUUGAUCUUUGUGCCAGUUUCCUUGCCCGGUUGCAGUUAUUCUAGAGUGGCAAUAAUUACUAGAAGAGAGAACCUUGUCUUCUCAUAAUAACAGAGUUGUGCCAGAAAUCUGGAGAUGUGCUGGCAAGUGGAAAGUACCAAUUGGGAGACGGACCACGCCAAACUUUAAUAUUCUGCCUUUUCUGCUUUUGUGUACCAUGUAAAAUAUUGAUACUAUGUCUAUCGUAAGAUGAUCCUAUUGCUGAUGAAAA